GAACUCCAGAUAUUUCUUUAAUUCAUACCUUUCCUUUAAUUUCAGCUAACCACGACUCUUAUAAUGUCUUAUGCCGUCACUGAUAAAGAGGAUAAUAUCCUAGAUCUACAAGAGCAUCAUGAUAAGUCAGCUCCUCCCCGAUAUGUUGGAUUUAUAGCCGGUAUGUUUUCCGGAGUAACGAAGAAUGCUGUAGGACAUCCAUUUGAUACAGUUAAAGUCAGGUUACAGACAUCUCCAAAGGGACAAUUCAAGGGUCCUAUGGAUUGUGUAUUUCAAACUUUUAAGAGAGAAGGUUUUAGGGGUUUUUAUAAGGGGUUUACACCUCCAUUGGUGGGAUGGGUAUUGAUGGAUUCAGUCAUGUUAGGAUCAUUACAUGUUUAUCGAAGAACAGUUCAUGAACAAUUAUUUCCUGACCAAAAGAAAUUACCAUUAUUAGGUCAUAUAAUAGCUGGUUUAGGUAGUGGGUUGACAGUUUCAUUUGUUGCAGCACCUAUAGAACAGUUUAAAGCUAGAUUACAAGUACAAUAUGAUGCAAAAUCAAGAAUUUAUACGGGACCAUUGGAUGUAGCAGCAAAAUUAUAUAAAGUAUCAGGAAUACGAGGUAUUUAUAGUGGAUUAUUAUCAACUAUGAUAUUCAGAACUAAUUUUAUAUUCUGGUGGGGUUCAUAUGAAAUAUUUACCGAGUGGUUCAAGAAUAAUACAAAAAUGUCGAAUCCUUCUAUAAACUUUUGGGCAGGAGGAUUAUCAGCUACAGUAUUUUGGAUAUUUGCCUAUCCAGCUGAUGUUGUUAAACAAACUAUCAUGACUGAUAGUCCUAUACGAUCAGAAAAGAAAUUUAAAAGAUGGUCGGAUGCAGUAAAGUACAUAUAUAAUGAAAGAGGGUUAAAGGGAUUUACUAGAGGAUUUGGUCCUUCUAUAUUAAGAUCAUUCCCUGCUAAUGCUGCUGCAUUAGCAGCAUUUGAAGCUGCCAUGAGAUUUUUGCAUUAAAGUAUAGAUUAUUUAUAGAUAGAU